ACACCUCAGUAACAUCACGGCAGAUUCCGGAACAGCUAGGCCAUGACACCUUAGAAGGCCAUGUCGAAGCGUGACAUCGUUCUCACCAAUGUUACGGUUGUCCAGCUGCUGCGACAGCCAUGCCCAGUAAGCAGACCCCCUCCUCCGCCUGAGCCCAGGAUCGAAGCUGAGCCGAAGCCUGAAGCAGUGCCGGAGCCAGUUAAGGAAGCUCCGAAGCCACCGCCCCUUCCUCCCACCUCUCCUCCCCAGAAGAAGAUUAGCAUUCGGGAGUUAACGGUCGGCAUCAAUGGAUUCGGACGUAUUGGUCGUCUGGUGCUGCGCGCAUGCCUGGAAAAGGGUGUUAGAGUGGUGGCCAUAAAUGAUCCAUUCAUCGACCCGGAAUACAUGGUGUACAUGUUUAAGUAUGACUCCACACACGGCCGGUACAAGGGAAGCGUGCAAUACAAGAAUGGACGCCUGGUGGUAGACAACAAUGAGAUCACCGUGUACCAGUGCAAGGAGCCCAAGGAGAUCCCCUGGAAGUCUGUUGGGAGCCCCUACGUAGUGGAGUCCACAGGCGUGUACCUCUCCCUAGAAGCUGCUUCGGCACACAUCAAUGCAGGUGCUCAGCGAGUGGUCAUCUCAGCACCGUCACCUGAUGCACCCAUGUUUGUCAUGGGUGUCAACGAAAAUAACUACAACCCUGGCUCCAUGAACAUCGUCAGCAAUGCAUCCUGCACUACCAACUGCCUGGCCCCCCUCGCCAAGGUCAUCCAUGAGCGAUUUGGCAUUGUGGAAGGGCUCAUGACCACAAUCCAUUCCUACACGGCCACCCAGAAGACAGUGGAUGGGCCGUCCAAGAAGGCCUGGCGAGAUGGACGCGGUGCCCACCAGAACAUCAUCCCAGCCUCCACGGGGGCUGCCAGUGCUGUGGGCAAAGUGAUCCCAGAGCUCAAAGGGAAACUCACAGGAAUGGCAUUCCGAGUGCCAACUCCAAACGUGUCUGUUGUGGACCUGACAUGCCGCCUGGCCCAGCCUACCUCUUACUCAGCCAUCAAGGAUGCUGUGAAAGCAGCAGCCAAGGGGUCCAUGGCUGGCAUCCUUGCCUACACUGAAGAUGAGGUUGUGUCCACCGAUUUCGUGGGAGACCACCACUCGUCCAUCUUCGAUGCCAAGGCAGGCAUUUCGCUCAACGAUAACUUCGUGAAACUCGUUUCCUGGUACGACAACGAGUUCGGCUACAGUCACCGGGUGGUAGACCUCCUCCGCUACAUGUACAGCCGAGACAACUGAAGCGGGCAGGCUCCCCUUCGCUUCCCUGUACUCCUCCUGGACUCGAACCCUCACCUCGCUCUCACCCCGGGCUCCCCGGGGAAGUAGGGCUCCCAGCGAGAGGGCCUGGUCCCGCUAGGUCCGCGAUGAAAUAAAAAGCAGGUGC